UGGUUUUUUGUUGUUGUUUUUCUUAAAAAUACUUUUGGUCGUUUUUACUAGAGAGCUAUAUAAGCUAUACAUAUUAUAGAGCCUUAGUUUUUACCGUUUCAUUAACAUACCAACGCUUCUUCAAGACUCGAGUUAAUGGCGUCGUCGAUUAUAAAUUAUAAUAUUACGCAUUUUUCGUAAUAUAUUUUAAAAGAGUCACCGUGUUUUAUGAUUAGACAGCCGAGUUGUAGUUGUUCUCGAUCCAAACUGAUAUGUUAUUCUUAUCAAGUAACCUGUAAUCAUUGAAUGCAUAGACUGUUCAUUGUUCAAGUUCAACUGUCGUAGUCGGUCCUUGGUGACCAUGUGUACGCGUUUUCCAUGUGAGAGUUGCGCUCCUGUUACGUUCCGAACAUUUACUUUUUGCUAAUACAGUCGAUGUUAGCCGUGUUAAAUAUAAUGUAUUAAAUUGACAAGACUUCGAUAAUGUCUGAAAACGAAGGAACAACUUAUGUGUUAGAUGUCGGAUCAUCUGAAAAUACUAUGACUUUUGAUGGGAGUUUCAUAAAGUUGGAGGCUUCAACUUCUGACACUGAAACUAUAACAGAAAUACAAAAUUACUUGGAUUCAUUUAAUAAAGAAAUUGAAGGAAAUGAAUUAACACACGUACAAACUGAUGGGAACUCAGUAGAUCCUGCACAUCUCAUAGAUCAAAAUGACCAAUAUUAUUAUCAAGCAACUACAGGAGAUGGCCAGAUGGUUAUGGUUGGAGGACUUUCAGGACUUGAUUUAGAAAUUAUGGCUUGCACAAAUCAAAAAAAUUUAAGUAACUUAACUGAAAUUACUCUGCCUAAUGCACAAGAUAAAAUUAAAAAAGAUAACCCUCAAAUUGUUGCUUCAGGAGAUGGGGGAUAUCAAAUGGUCACUCUCGUUCAAGCUGACACUGACCCCCACAAUUAUGUUGUAUAUGUAGUCAAUCAAAAUGAUAGCAAUUAUGAAACAUCAAACUAUAGUAAGGAGAUUUCUAAAGAAGAUCAUGAUUCCGAUGUUACAAAUGUAUAUAAUUUCAUUGAUGGGAAAGAUCCAACUCCACCAAAAAAACAAGAAAUAGAAGAAGAAGAUGAAAAAACUAAAAUACUUAGGUUAGUUCCUAAAAAGUCACAAACUUCUCUAUUACAUCUAUGUGAUUAUUGUCCUUACUCUACUGGAAAAAGAUAUUUGUUAUCUCGUCAUAUGAAAUCUCAUUCUAAAGAACGUCCACAUAUAUGUACUAUUUGUGAUCGUGGUUUCAAAACUUUAACUUCUUUGCAAAAUCAUGUUAAUACUCAUACUGGAACAAAACCAUAUAGUUGUCGAAGUUGUCCAAGUAAUUUUACUACAUCAGGAGAACUUGUUAGACAUGUUCGGUAUAAGCAUACUCAUGAAAAACCACAUAAAUGUACAGUAUGUGAUUAUGCUAGUGUAGAACUGAGCAAAAUGAGAAAUCACAUGAGAUGUCAUACUGGUGAAAGACCAUACCAAUGUCCCCAUUGUACUUAUGCAAGUCCAGAUACAUUUAAAUUGAAGCGCCAUUUGCGUAUACAUACUGGUGAGAAACCAUAUGAGUGUGAUAUUUGCUUUACUAAGUUUACCCAAUCCAACAGUUUAAAAACACACAGACAAAUACAUAGUGGUGAAAAGCCUGUAUUUAAAUGUGACCUUUGUCCAGCCACUUGUGGUCGAAAAACUGAUUUACGUAUUCAUGUACAAAAGCUUCAUACUUCCGACAAACCUAUUAAGUGCAAGCGAUGUGGUGAUGCAUUCCCUGAUCGUUACCAGUAUAAAGUUCACUGUCUUUCACACAAAGGGGAAAAAUGUUUUAAAUGUGAAUUGUGUUCUUAUGCUUCCACAUUUCAGCGUCAUCUUGAAACUCAUAUGUUAACACAUACAGAUGAAAAACCAUUUCAAUGUGAUCAAUGUGAUCGGUCAUUCAGACAACAACAAUUACUACGCCGCCAUCAUAAUUUGCAUCAUAAUCUAGCAUAUAUACGACCUCCUCCACAAGAGAAACCUUAUCACUGUAAUACAUGCAAACUAUCAUUUAGACAUAAAGGAAAUUUACUAAGACAUAUGGAAGUUCAUUUGCAAGAAUCAACUAGAAAUUAUCGAAAGACUGCAUUAAAAAAAAAACUAGAAUAUAUAGAUUCAGCUGAUGAGGAUGAAUCUGAGAACGACACAAGUAUUCCAUCAAGUGGAACUGGAGCUAUAACAGUACAAGGUGAAGAUGGACAGCAAUAUGUUCUACUUGAAGUGAUUCAACUUGGUGGUCAAGAUCAGAUAAAUAACACAUCUACAAAUGUAUCAAUAAAACAAGUUGAGAAAUCUUCCUCACCAAGUCAAAAAGACCUUACAGUUUUAGAUCCACUGUCUUUAAUAGACGUGAAAGAAGAAUGUGAUGAUGGCAUUGAAAAUUUUUUUGGUUUUGAUGACAAAGAUGAUAGUUAAAACAACAAACUGGUGGUUAAAAGUUACUAUAAUCCAAGCGUACAAUUUUAACUCAAACUUUUUACAUUUCAUUUUAUAUUAUUUGUAUGCCGAGUCUUAUGUUUUUAGCAUUUUAAUUGAUGUUUAAUGUGAUAUAUUGAUCAAAAUGCUAUAUUAAAGUCUAAAGUUGAUGUUAUUUUAGAUUAAAAAUAUAUGAACCUUAGAAAUAAGUGUCCAAUACUACAAUACAUAUUAUAAUAUACUAUAAUUAUUUGGUUUGUGUUCUCUAUUUUUAUUUUUAUUUUGUAUUUUACUAAAAAUGUAUAUUAAAUACUUACACUUAAUCAUUAGUGAUGAACAAAUCAGUGUGCUUAUAUUCAUGGCAUAUAUUAUGUAUGGCUUCAAUAUUUUUAUAACUGAUUUAAACUAUUUUUAUUCAAAUUAUUAAUGAAUAUAAUAUAAGCAAAAAAUUCUACCUACUAACAAAACGCUGAUUUGUGUUUUAAUAUUAUAUACAUACUUAUUUUACUGCAUUUUUUAAUGUAUGGAAAAAUUUAAAAAGUAAAUUAAUACCUAUUACCUAGCAUUUAUAAAUAACAUUUAAAGUACAGAUUUUUUUUAUUGUUAAGUUUGUAUAUUUAAAAUCGGAUUUAUUUUAAUUAUACAAUGCUUAUUUAAAGUGUAGUCAUUCUUUCAGUGUAUUUUGACAUAACCUAAAAACCUUAUUAAAAUAUUAAAUAAAGACUGCACAUAUUCAUCUCGAAUAAAGAGAUUAAUAUAGUAUUACUUUAUAAACACUAUUAAAAAUAUUUUUUACUUGUAAGACUUGACAUAAUUUUGAUGUAUUUUAUUUUUAUUUGAAUAUGCAUUUUUAAAUUUUUUUAUUACAUUCCUACCCAUGUUUAUAAUAAUAUGAUUGUGAAAGUAUAAAAUUAUUUAAAUUUAACAUUGUGUGCCAGUUGUCCAGAUACACUGUUAACAUGUGCACUUUAUAUACCAAUAAACUAUUGUUAACAUUAAUUAUUAAUAUACUCUUGUUAGAUAUGUAAACAGAUUAUAAUAUUAUUUUUUAAUUAUUUAAGUGUUAUUGUUAUUAAACAGUUGUUUAUAAAAGGCAUCCUAGCUUUGAUUACAAAUAAAGUAAGAG